GAGCGCAUGUGCUAUUUGACAAGGGGGAGAGAGAGAGAGGAGUUGCAGGGAAAGAUUCUAAGGACAGUUAAUCAUGUCAUUUUCUUUCUUCAAGCAGAGACCCAAACCAGUACCGGAGCUCGUGAAAGCGAUCAGAGAUAGCCUUCUCGCCCUUGACACCAAGACCGUUGUAGAAGUUAAAGCCCUUGCAAAGGCUUUAGAAGAAAUUGAAAAGAAUUUUGUGGGAAUGAGACAAAUGCUUUCUGGAGAUGGGGAAGUUGAACCAAAUGCUGAUAAUGUUUUACAGUUUACACUUGAAAUCUGCAAAGAUGAUGUUAUUGGCCUUUUUGUUCACAAGUUUCCUAUUUUGGGGUGGGAAGCAAGAAAAGAUUUAGUUCACUGUUGGCCUAUAUUGUUGAAGCAAAUGGUCGGUUCUACUUAUUGUUGCGUGGACUACAUUGAGAAUCAUCUGGAACUGCUUGACUUCCUUGUUGUGUGCUACGAUAACAAGGAGAUUGCAUUGAAUUGUGGAAGCAUGUUGAGGGAGUGCAUCAAAUUCCCCACCCUUGGAAAAUAUAUAUUGGACUCAACUAGCUUUGAGUUGUUCUUCAAAUAUGUGGAGCUGCCUAACUUUGAUGUUGCCUCUGAUGCUUUUGUUACAUUUAAGGAUUUGCUUACAAAACAUCAAACUGCAGUUUCGGAAUUCCUGACUGCCCAUUAUGUGGAGUUCUUUGAGCUCUAUGAAAAGCUCCUUACAUCAGCGAACUAUGUAACGAGAAGGCAAUCAUUGAAGCUUCUUUCGGAAUUUCUUUUGGAGUCUCCGAAUUCCCAUAUAAUGAAGCGCUAUGUUGUAGAAGUUCGGUACUUGAAAGUCAUGAUGACAUUGCUCAAGGAUUCAAGCAAAAAUAUACAGAUAUCUGCUUUCCAUAUUUUCAAGGUCUUUGUUGCUAAUCCCAACAAGCCUCAAGAAAUUAUCAUCAUCCUGGCCAAAAACCAUGAAAGAUUACUAGAACUGCUUCGCAAUCUUUCUGUUGGCAAAGGUGUGGAUGACGAGCAAUUCGAAGAGGAAAGGGAUUUGGUGAUCAAAGAAAUUGAAAGAAUAUCUCACUAACCUACUGUUGCUUAUUAAAUUCUGCUGUUCCAGUACACAUGGUGUGCCUCUUUCUACAUCUCAAAUCUGAUCUCCCAGGUUUUUACGUUCAUUAUUGCUUUUGACAUUACUGUGUUUGGCAAACCCAUGCAUUUGAAGGCUGUGAAAGGAGUGUCUGAG